UUAGUCCUUUACGCCUCCGUCUUCGACCUCCUUGCUCCGCCUCCAAUGGCGGGUUUCAGUUCUCUAAUUCCUAGAACGUCUCUCAAACGCGCUGUUAGUAUAGCAACCGGAAACCUAACGGCGCCGGUAGCUUCUACUGUGGCAGUACGAAAUCUCCUAACUGGAGGGGGAUGCGACGAACUUUAUGGUGAGCCAGGAAUGCUUUCUCAUUCCAGUGGAAUAAGAAAGCACAACACCAUUGGUAUUCAUGGCGCACUAACUGGCCCAUUUCAUCAUCUUCUCAGGGUCAACCAGAAAAACAAGCCCGCCUUUUUAAGGGUCCAAUCAAUGAGUUAUCAGUUUGUGGCCGAUUCUAAUGCAUCUCCUAGACGUAUUGUGAAAACUGAGGAUGAGCAAGAUGUUUCUAAAUCAUCAAAGAAGGAAAGCGCUGAUACCCCUAGAAAACAUCAAAUUGGGGAGAACAUACCCAAGAAGGAUAAAAUAAAGUUUCUUGUAAACUCUCUUCUUGAUAUAGAAGAUAAUAAAGAGGCUGUUUAUGGAGCUUUGGAUGCUUGGGUUGCUUGGGAACGCAAUUUCCCCAUUGCUUCCCUCAAAAGAGUAAUAGCUAUUCUUGAAAAGGAACAUCAAUGGCAUCGAAUGAUCCAGGUGAUAAAGUGGAUCCUAAGUAAGGGACAAGGGAACACGAUGGGAACGUACGGUCAGUUGAUACGGGCAUUAGAUAAGGAUCGUAGAGCAGAAGAGGCGCAUGUUAUCUGGCGAAAGAAAAUUGGGAAUGAUCUGCAUUCGGUGCCUUGGCAAUUAUGCUUACAAAUGAUGCGCAUAUAUUUCCGGAACAAUAUGUUACAGGAACUUGUUAAGCUAUUUAAGGAUCUGGAGAGUUAUGACCGUAAGCCUCCGGACAAACACAUUGUGCAGACAGUGGCAGAUGCUUAUGAGCUUCUGGGAAUGCUAGAUGAGAAAGAAAAGGUUGUGACCAAGUAUAGCAACCUUCUUCUCGGUACAUCAUCUGAUGAAAAAUCAAGAAGAUCUUCAAGGAAGAAAAAGCAACCAGAACUCAGGAUUCCUGAAGCAACCACAGAAGACGUAGUAGACGCAGCUGAUACUGAGUUACAGGAAGAGCUAAAAGAAAAUCUGGAUAGCGACCAAGAUUCUGAAUGUGCCACUAAACUAUCUAAGACAUGAUGCAUAAGUUGUAGUAUUUAACAUAUAAACGUCUUUUAAUCGAUGGAAUGUUCAUUGUCGAUAGCUAGACAUAGAAACAAAGCUCAGACCCCUUGGAAUAUAAAGAUGUUUAGAGUUUAAGGUUCAA